GAGAGUUUCGGUGUGUGAUUCUUCCGUGCCCAAGGCAAGAACCUUUCCCCUCCAUCAUCCAUGAAUAGUUAAUUCCUGUUUCUUCUUUGGCUCUUCCCUCGAUUUGAUCGUUCCUUUCUCUCUCUCUCUCUCUCUCUCUCCCUGGCGCAAUUUGCUUUUAUUUAUGUCCAGAAAGAAAAGAAUUCUCUCUCUCGCUCUCGCUCGCCCUCUUUUCUUGCACUGCCACUGAUACACUGCCAUUUUCAACUGGCAAACAUAGAGAGAGAGAAGGAGAGAGUUUUCAUCGGGAAGGUAAUAAAAAGCCCCUCAAGAUAAGUAACCUUCCUCCUUCCGCUUAUUACCCAAGACGCGUGCAUUUUCAUCUCUAUACUUCUCUCUCUCUCUCUCUCUCUGUGUCUGUAUCAAGAACUACCCACGCAGAGAUAGAGAGAGAAAGAAAGCAAAAGACAGAUAUGAGACAGAGGGAGAGAGAUUGAUGCUGUGAACGAGCAGAGAGAGAGAGAGAGAGAGACGAUGAUACAGUGAAAGAAAGGAUAAAGAACACUUUCCCCCCAUUCUCGAAAGACAAAUGUUUUGAGCAGGCUAUGCCCUCAGAGAGAGAGAGAGAGAGAGAGAGAGAGAGAGGUGUUUAUGGUGAUAUUAGUGCCUGUUAUAAAACUGACGACCCACUUCAAAGGAAAGGAGGGCCACUGUUUCAUGGAAUUUUGUUUCUUUUUUCGCCCUUCUCUCUUUCUUCUGCGAAAAGGCCUGAACUUUGUGUAAGCACAAAACUCGGGAGACCAAACUGGGUGUUGUUUGUUCGUUUCACUCCCCACUUGCAGUCUUUUUAAAGGGGCUGAAACUCACCCACAUAAAGGAUCUCGUCAUCACUCUUUACUUCUCUAGAGUUUAGAGAGAGAAGACAAGGGUUUCUGCGUUUGGCCAUACACUAUUGAACAAGGUUAGGAACAAGAUAGACAGAGCAAUGGAGGGUGGUUCAAACAGCACUAACUCGUCUUCCUGUAUGAUGGCUUUUGGAGAAAACAGUCACCACAGUGGUGGUGGUGAUGGGCUAUGCCCGAUGAUGAUGAUGAUGAUGCCCAUCAACACCAUCACCUCUUCAUCCCAUCCCCAUCUCCAUCAUCACCAUCACCAUCAUCAAAACCUAAACACCAGCACCCACCAGUACUUUCUCGACCAAACAGCUCGUAACAGCAGCAGCGGUUCUUCUCCGAUUCUCGACGACCGCAACAACAACAACAACAACAACAGCAACAACAACAACAACGCAGGGGGCUCAGGUUCAGGCUCAGGCUCAGGCUGUUUCUUCAUGGACAACGAUGUCAAGGCCAAGAUCAUGGCUCAUCCUCACUACCACCGCCUUCUCUCAGCUUAUGUCAAUUGUCAAAAGGUGGGAGCUCCGCCUGGGGUGGUGGCGAAGCUAGAGGAAGCCUGUGCAUCGGCGGCGAUAAUGGCCGGGAACACCGGCAUGAGCAACACAGGAUGCAUCGGUGAAGACCCAGCUCUUGACCAGUUCAUGGAAGCCUACUGCGAGAUGCUGACCAAGUAUGAGCAGGAACUCUCCAAACCCUUCAAGGAGGCCAUGCUCUUCCUCCAGAGGAUCGAGUGCCAAUUCAAAGCGCUCACUCUAGGCGUUCCUUCUGAUUCUGUGGCUUUGAGUGAGGCUUUUGAUAGGAAUGGCUCUUCUGAAGAAGAUGAUGUGAACAACUUCAUUGACCCCCAAGCAGAGGAUAGAGAGCUCAAGACUCAGCUCUUGCGGAAGUACAGCGGAUAUCUGGGUAGCCUCAAGCAGGAGUUCAUGAAAAAGAGGAAGAAGGGGAAGCUCCCAAAAGAGGCCCGGCAACAAUUGCUUGAUUGGUGGAGUCGACACUACAAGUGGCCUUACCCAUCGGAAUCACAGAAACUAGCUCUAGCGGAAUCAACGGGUCUAGAUCAGAAGCAAAUCAACAACUGGUUCAUCAACCAAAGGAAGAGGCACUGGAAGCCAUCGGAGGACAUGCAAUUCGUGGUGAUGGAUGCCGCUCACCCUCAUUACUACAUGGACAACGUGUUCGGCAAUCCCUUCCCCAUGGACAUCUCUCCGACCUCACUUUGAAGUUGAUGGUUAAUAUGUGCUAAUAUUAUUCGACCCUAAUGUCCUUAUGAGCUCUAAAUGCGCUCUUUCCUGAGUGUUGUAGACCGCCUAAUGAUUUGAUGGCGAGUGUUGAAGCUUAUAACUAUACUAUGGAAUGUGCCGGUUUGUGGCACAUGGAAAUACUUGAUAACAUCGGAUAAGAUUAUAUAACCUGUUAGCUAUAUUUGGUGUUUAUGCAUGAGUAUGGUUGGUUUCGCGGCUUUGGCAAGGAUGAAUUUUUU